AUGGGAGCCGUGGCAGCGGGACUGGCCUACACUGGUUCAGCCUUCCUUCUGCAAUAUCCCGCAGACCAGCACAAUGCCAGCCAGGGAUUCGACUGGACAGGUAUCAGACCAUCAAAAGAGCUCAAGUACCACAAGUGCUACGGUCUCUUUGAAUGUGCUAGAUUAGAGGUGCCGCUUGAUUGGUCCAAUCUCUCGAACUCGAACACUGUCGCCCUUGCAGUCACAAGGCUCCCUGCUGUCGUCGAUGUCACAGACGAAUCCUUUGGUGGCACCAUCGUCAUCAAUCCAGGCGGACCCAGCGGCUCGGGCGUUGCAACUUUACUGUGGAGCGGAAAAAGCAUUCAGAACGUGGUGGACAGUGACAAACACUUUGAGGUUUUGUCAUUCGACCCGCGGGGAGUACAGUUUACAACACCUAGUCUGUCAUGCUUUCAAGAUGACUCUGUACGCCAGAAUCUCCACCUAAUGUCAGUGGCGUCUGGUAGCCUCGAAUCAAACCAAUAUGCAUUGGACACCAAAUGGAGCAUCGACAAAAGCCUCGGCCUCCUCUGCGCACAGACGAGUAACGGCAGAUAUCCGGACGGCUCGAGUAUUCGGCGGUAUGUCAGUACUGCCCUGGUCGCUCAUGAUAUGGUGGCAAUCAUUGAUGAAGUCGAGGCACACCGACACCGCCAACUGCCCUCAGAUGGGAAGCAUCUGCAGAAGCAACAGACCGCGUUCCUGUAUGACUCGGAAAACUGGCCUCCACUGCUCAACUACUGGGGCCUGUCAUAUGGCACAUACCUCGGUAAUACUUUUGCCUCAAUGUUCCCUGACCGGAUCGGUCGUAUGAUCCUGGAUGGUGUUGUGGACGCGGAUGACUAUGCCGCUACGGGCUGGACCACCAACCUCCAGGACAACAAUAAGACGUGGGAAAAGUUCUUUGACUAUUGUUUUGAGGCUGGCGAUAAGUGCGCCUUGUCCGAUGCUUCGAUACGCAGUCCUGCAGAGAUGCAGGAGGAGGUUGAAGUCUUUCUAGCCGAGUUGAAGCACAACCCGCUCCCAUUAGUGGAGAAUGGGAAUGCCUAUGUCCUCACCUACUUUGACCUGAAAACCAUCAUCCACGGUCAUCUAUAUCAACCGAUCCAGCUAUGGCCGGUCUUAGCUCUCCUUUUAAGAGCCCUGAUGGAGCGAGACGAGAGAAGCGCGAUUUCCGCACUGAGGUCCCCGAGGACGUGGUAUACCCGUGGAGAUCGACACUUCCACCCGUCUCUGCCCAAUUUACCCUUCGUACCCUUACUAUCGCAAACUCUCCUGGAGCAGGAGUUGAGCCUGCCAACGAGCUAUCCUUGGCAGCAAGAGGCGGCCAUCUCCAUUCUUUGCGGCGACGGCGAUGACAUUACCUCCCGGACCAAGGAGAAAUUUGCCGAAUACCUCACCUUGCUUGAAUCUCAAUCACCGGUGGUGGGCUCUGUUUGGGCAGAGAUCACGUUACCCUGCGUCCACUGGCAGAAGGUGAAUCGUCCUUCAGCCGAAAAUCGAUUCACAGGCCCCUUUGCUUCGAAUCUGUCUGACUAUGAUCCUCGAGGCAGCCCGCUCUUGUUCAUCGGCAACACCGCGGAUCCGGUCACACCGGUAGGCAACGCGCUCAAGAUGUCCAAGAGUCAUGAAGGUAGUGUUGUGCUAACGCAGGAUAUGCCCGGGCAUUGCGCCGGAUCAAGCAACCCGAGUGUAUGCAUAUUUAGUAUCGUGAAAGCUUUCUUUGCGAAUGGCACGUUGCCGGAAGCUGGCCUUGUUUGUGAGGCAGCCCUUAAGCCAUGGGAUGUAGGACGUUGA